AUGAGGAUCCAGAACUACAAGAAGCUAUUCGUCUAUCCAUGGAAUGUUAUCGAAAAGAAUAGGGGAGUCCUACGAAUGGGUCUUCUCCCUACUCUCUCUCUCUCUCUCUCUGUCUUUACCCAUGAGGGUUUAUUAUGGCGGCGGUUCUGUUGGACAAACGGGCGAAUCUUUUUAUUUGUCCCUCCUAAUACAGAAGGAGAGGAUAUAACGGAGAUAACAUUGGAGGGUUUGGGCUUUCAAUCGCAAGAACAAUUCAUGCUGCAGUUAUAA